AUGCAAAGAUGCUCCUCUAAAGCUGGAAUAAGGGAUUGCCCACUUCACCGCCCCGAAGAGCAGUGGCUCUGUUGUUUUGCGCGCCUACGGAGAGAGACUCAAAAAGUACCGACGCUCAAUCGAAAGAAAGAUAAAUCCACUAUAUGCUUAACUCAUGCCCCAGGAAUCCCGGGGGUACGAACUAAUUUUUUACUGGAGGGAAGGCUGGGGAAAAGCAUAGAGCGUGCGGGCUCAGCUCUCGCACUCCUCCCAUCCGCGAAGCUGAGGCGGGAGAAAAAGCAUAACUCCCCGAGCGGCUUUAUAUCAGGUAUAGUUGGUAGGAUGAAGUGGGAUGAAGCCUUAGUGGGUAUAGCAAGUGUGACGGGGAGGCGGCUCGGGCGUAGUGGGUCUGGACGCCUAGCACGAAAGAGCCUUCUCUGGUAG